AGGAGCAGUUGCCCAGCGGCCGCCUGGCGCUUCCUGUUUCCGGUUCCUGGAGUGGAGCACCGCGAGGUGACGGGGGGAACGCUGGCUGUGACACGAGCCCUGGGACCGGGCUCUGCGGCUAGCCCCUUGCUGGCCCUGCCUCCCAGCCCCAGACAGGUGCUCACCCGGGGAGUCUGAGCUUUAGCUGCUCCCUUUGCCCGUGACACGAUGUUCCCCAUCUACAGCUGCUGGAGGACUGGAUUACUGCUGCUGCUACUCCUGGCUGUGACAGUAAAAGAAUCCUGGCAGGCGGAAGAAAAAACCUGCGACCUGUUAGGAGACAAGGGUAAAGAGUCGGAGAAAGAAUUGGCUCUACUGAAGAGGAUGAAACCACUGUUUAACAAAAGCUUUCAGAGCACUGUGGGCCAGGGUACAGAAACGUAUGUGUACAUAUUCAGGGUGUGCCGGGAAGCUGGCAACCACUCCUCUGGGGCAGGCCUGGUGCAGAUCAACAAAAGUAAUGGGAAGGAGACGGUGGUGGGGAGACUCAACGAGACUCACAUCUUCAAUGGAAGUAAUUGGAUCAUGCUGAUCUAUAAAGGGGGUGAUGAAUAUGACAGUCACUGUGGCAAGGAGCAACGUCGGGCAGUGGUGAUGAUUUCCUGCAAUCGACACACCCUAGCGGACAAUUUUAACCCUGUGUUUGAGGAGCGAGACAAAGUCCGUGAGUGUUUCUACCUCUUUGAGAUGGAUAGUAGCCUGGCCUGUUCCCCAGAGAUCUCCCAUCUCAGUGUGGGUUCUAUCUUACUUAUCACGUUUGCGUCACUGGUUGCUGUCUAUAUCAUCGGGGGGUUCCUCUACCAGCGACUGGUGGUGGGAGCCAAGGGAAUGGAGCAGUUUCCCCACUUAGCCUUCUGGCAGGAUCUUGGCAACCUGGUAGCAGAUGGUUGUGACUUUGUGUGCCGUUCUAAACCCCGAAACGUGCCUGCUGCGUAUCGUGGCGUGGGGGAUGACCAGCUGGGGGAGGAGUCAGAAGAAAGGGAUGAUCAUUUAUUACCAAUGUGAUUGCACUUUAAACGCCCAGCUGCUUCUUCAGUCCCCCAAGCCAAAGCUUCCUCAGCCAGAUUUCUUAAGCAGUCUCUAAUCCGGUCGCUCAUCUCACUCUUAACGUUGCUCUUGGUUUCGUUUGCUUUUGGUUUGCAGCCUCUUCUCACCAGAAACACUUUCCCUUUUUCCGUAUUUUCCGUUUUCCCUCUAGAUGUGGAGUUGUAGGCCAGAGGUAAUAGGGCCAGUGACAAGGGGCUGUGGCGCUCUUGGUAUAGGAAGGCGCAGGCAUGGUAGUUUUAAUGAGCAAAAGCGUGUGGCAGGCUUGCUGGCCCUUCCUUUUUUAAACAGUUCACAAGUUUUUGAGACACUGGAUUUGUUUAAUUAAAAAAGCGAAGUACUAUUAUUUAUACAAAGUUUGAUUGCUUUCAUGCUCUCACUCUGUACCCUACAGUAGUCUCCAUGAGAAUCUGGAUGUGAUUUCUUGCUGCUUGGAAUUACUUUGCAGUGAUUACUUGGUUGCAGUCCAAGUACUACCAUUUCGUCUGAGCCUAGAGAUGAAGACCUGCUUCUCCCACCUCUGGGGUUAGGAUGGGAAAAUGUGAAAUUUCCCAAUUAGAGGAU